AUGAAGGUUGCUGAUCAAAGGAUGAAUUUAAAGACAAUAAUUUUCAUAUUUUUAUUGACACAACCAUCUUCUCAAGCGGAAAAAGAAAAAACAAAAUCUUUUGUUGAAAAAAUUGAGCUAACUCAAAAUACAUCAAUUCUGGAAGUAAAAUAUUUUAUAAAUGAGACUGAAAAUGGUUCAUAUUCGUUAAGUUACAAUUUUACGGUUUUUGUAAAAGUCCAAAAUUUAUUCCUGCAAAAUUCUGUUAAUGUUUUAAGUGCUAAUGGAAAAUAUGAGCCAUUUAUGGGAAAAGGUGUUACGAAUUUGUGCAAGUUCUGGAGCAAUCGGAAAGGAAACAAAUUAAUACGCAUGCUUUUCGAUAAAAUUAAAGGCUACCGAAACCUUCCAAAGUCAUGCCCAAUCGAGCCGGGAUUUUACUAUACAAAAGAUGUCAUAUUUGAUGGAAAAAAUUUGGCAGCUCAAAAUAUUUGGGAUGUGAAAUUUAUGAUUGCAUUGGACUAUGGCACAAAAACUAAUGGAAAAAUGUUGUUUUUUUUGAAAUUAAAAAGAUCGCUUGAGUUUGGAACAAGAAAAGGAAAAGCUCAAAAAAAAGCUGUGACUAAAAUAUGA